AUGGCUCAGUUAGAAGAUUCAGAAUUGACUAAGAUUCGAGAAGAUGUCUUAGCGGGCAAAGCUAAGGACUUCUCCAUUGCUGACAAUGGAAUGCUGUUGUUUAAGGCACGGGGAGUCAGACGUUUUGGAAAGAAAGGUAAACUGAGCCCUAGGUUUAUUGGACCUUUUGAAAUUCUGGAAAAGGUUGGGCAAGUUGCUUAUCGGUUAGCCCUACCUCCUUCCUUGUCAGCAGUGCAUAACGUGUUUCAUGUUUCCAUGCUAAGGAAGUAUGUGUCUGAUCCGAUGCAUGUUCUGAGUUACGAAGCAUUGGAAUUGCAACCUGACUUAUCAUAUGACGAACAACCAGUGCAAAUUCUGGAUAAGAAGGAAAAGGUUCUCCGAACCAAAACCAUAUCAUUAGUCAAGGUACUUUGGAGAAACAGUAAAGUGGAGGAAGCCACUUGGGAAUUGGAAUCUGAUAUGAGGGCCCAGUAUCCUGAGUUAUUCAGGUAG